AUGGGUGGUUACUACGAUAUCGAUGACAUUCUAGCCGAGUCGGUGGAAGUUCCUUGCAGAUUCAAUUACGAUGUGCCGGGUCUAGGUUAUCUAGAAGGUGCUCCAGGAAAACAAAUUAGUAAGAACUCGAAAGUAUUGUUGCCCAUAUGGCUUGCGAGGAUCCUGGCAAUUAUAGGUGGUAGCGAUGACGACGAUGAUGGCAACGAAAACAUCACAAAUCAAAUGAAUACAAGCAUGAACGAAUCGAUGAUCUCGAAUUCUUUAGUUCUGCCGUUUAUAGAACUUCUCACUCCUAAAUUUAUUACCAACAAGAUUAUAAAUGCAAUCAAGGCCUCGCCAGAAUCCCUGGAUUUACAUGCAAUCAAUUCGUAUUUCAUUGAGGUCUGGUCAAAAUGGAUAAAUUUAUUUGCUGAUAAAAACCUUUCUCUGAUCUUACAAGAUCUAAUAUUGAAAAGAUCUAUAGAGAUAAGUAACUUUGCAAGUAAUAUAAUGACAAGUGUCUAUUCAAAUAAUCAGUUCGACCAUACAGCAAAGAACGAUUUCUUCGCUGAGAAUGCUGCCGAUGAUGACGCCGAAUACGACGUUGGGAAUGUUAAUAACAAUAUAAAUAACCCAUUUAUAUUAACAAUGGACGAAUAUGAAAAGAAAGUGUACAGGAAAACGCAUAACUCAUACAAAGAUACAAAAGCAUGGUUGUAUAAAUAA